AUGGAGUUGGAUUUGGAGAUAGCACCUUCGGUGAUCGAUAGUGGUGGAGAUUCGAAGUAUACUGGACAGAUACUUCAGAGAGCUCGUGAAAUCAUUGAGACCGAUUCUCUGUUCUCAAUACAUACUUUUGUCUUACAUCGACAAUGCUAUUUGAAAUUCUCUUCUUGCACAGGCCUUGUUUUAUUUGAUGAAUGGACAGUUAAAAUUGUUUCAAGAGAAAGCAGUGAUAAAGAGAAAAAUGCAAUGCAGUCCUAUUUGCAUUUUUCGCAACUUAAUUCCGGGAUAAUAUGUAUUAGAGAACAACUGUCAAAUGAUGCAGUUUGUAAAUAUAGGAUUUUUGUGAAUGGUGUCUAUUCAGAUAUUCAGCUAAGAAAUUUUGAAACUCAUGAAUUUUCUCUUGGACGACUUAAUCUUUCUCCUAGUGUUUACAUAACAGUCAAAUGGAGAAAACAUAGUGCUUUUCCACUUCCGCAUUUGUCAUAUUCUGAAUCUCCUGGGUCAUUUUUUGAUGAUUGGCUAUUUUCACCGACGUUGUUUGAGGGACAGUUUACUUCAUCGUCACCGAGAAUUUCAUUUUUUUACAUACCAUUUGAGUAUGAGCAAAACAGUGAGGAGGAAAGGAUAGAAUCUGAAGAUAUUCAUGCUUUUGCAGAUGAGAUGUUGUUGGAAAAUGAUCAGACUGUUAAGUUACUCGUUGUUCAGAGUCUACUACCAACAUCAGAACGCUCAACAGAGACUGAAUUUACAAUUCAAGCAGUUCCACCAUCGCCUACCUCGCGUCGAGAAACCCUGCCACGUCGAAGUCUUAUUGCGUCAGCAUUUCGUUUCAUGUCAACAGCAUCCAAAUCCUUCUCAAAAACAACAGGUCUGCCUCUACAUUCUAGUCCUGCACCAUUCAACCGCAGCGCAACGAAAUUUGUUGCGAAUGAAUCAGUAAAAAGUACCAGAAAUAGAGAAAGGAAGACAGCUGAAGAACAAACAAGAGCUCAUAUAUUGCCGAAUAUGCCGAUGGAUGACAAUGACAAUAAUCUAAAUUGCUAUGGAACUGGAUGUAUUAAAAGAAACACGUCUUCAAGCAGUGGUUUGUUGUGCAACUUUGAGGAAAGUGCACUGAAUGGCCGUCUAGAGCCGAUCAUAUCUUUGGACGGUUUCCAUCUGCAAAUUGCAGCAAGUGAUGAAACUUGUUUUCCCCAUCUUACAUUGCCGGUUACAACUUUCUUUUUCAACAUGUCUGAAGAUGAAGCGCCUUUACCCUACAUGGGUUUUUGUUCAUUGGAAAACAUGCGCAAGGGUUACAGAAUUCCUAGGAAGGGCAUUUUGCAGGCGGUGUUGUUCAACCCACAGGGUACUGUGGUGCAAAUGUUUGUAGUCAAGUUUGACGUUAGUGACAUGCCGCCUUCUUCACAAACCUUUUUACGACAACGUAUAUUUUUCAUGCCAGUGGGAUGUACAUACGAUUGUGUGCUGCGCUCUUGGCUUAAAUAUCUAAUUCAUUUAAGCUUGGCAACAGAUCGUCGAGGUAGACUGUAUAUUCAUACCGAUAUUAAAAUGUUAUUUUCGCAGAAAAAUGAACUGGAAACGUUAAAUUUUGAAUUGGGGAAAGAUAUGAUCAAAUACCAACUCCAAUCUUUCACGGAAAUGCCUCGAAAUCCAAAAUAUUCACCCCGUAAAUGA